AUGCCAGCACAGCUUCCGGAACUUCGAGAUCGAACCGAUUCUGCGGCUUCCGCCAGUCCGCCACAUGGCCCUCCAACUUCUGAUGCCACUCACAAAUCGCGGCUCUUCUCACCUUCGUCCUCCUUCUUCUCGUCGUCACCAGUGAUUGGCGAAGACGCGACCGACCUGGCCGUCGUGCUCGAAGUUAUGAGCUGCAAACUUGACGAUGAGCGCUUACAGCGUGCGUGCUUGCAGGCUGUCGGUCGUUUGGCGAAGGAUGUGUCCAAGCUGCGACCGCUGUGCUUGGGAGUUGUAUCAGCCAUUGCAACGUCAGCGGCGUCCAUGCGACACAAUUUGAAUGUGCAGCGAAUGGCGAUUGGUGCGCUUAGCAGUGUUGCGUACGCACAGGAUGUGGCGACCUUGAUUGCACCUUUGGCCCUCCCUGUGGUGCUAGAGGCCGCUUUAUCUCAUCCAAGUGACUCCAAGUUGCAGGGCUUGAUGUGCGAGGCUUUUGCACGGCUUGCACAGGGUGGUGGUGAGGGUGCCAUGGUGAAAUGCAUUGUGGCCUCUCUCGAGACCCCAGAUGUUGCGCUGUCCAUGCUUUGCGACUCGUUGAAGAGGCUGUGUGAGAAUGCGAUUUGUCAGCCACGCCAAGUCGUCGAUGAGCUCCUGCAUCUCUGCGAUAGUGAUCCCUCCAACCUGGAGUUGCAGCGGCAGGUGUCCUUGUGCUUGCACAGGCUGCUAGCUGCUGGGGUCGUGUCUGAGGCAUGUGUGCGAGGCAGAGGCACUUUGCUGAACUCCCAGUGGGCGCACCUGCUGGAACGCUUCCUUGGCGCCGAAGAUGAGGAGGCCAAGUUGGACGGCACUUUUCACAGCAAGGUUCAGGAGUUGUUUCACCAGGAGGUGGCUUUGCACUUCGAGUACGAGGCUGCAGAGCGAUGCCUGCACUACCUUCGAAGAAGGACGCAGCCGUCCCUGGUUUUUUUGGAAGUGAUCCGGUGUUUGGCAGAAAACCUGGAGGACUAUCAAAGCCGUUCAGAGGCUCGCGAGCUUGCUUGGGACGCUGGUCGACAGAUGCUGGUUCCUUUGGAUCCUCACCUUCGCCUAAGACUGCAGAACGAGGUUCUUGAGGCCAUGCAGCUUCGGCUGCCGCAAGCCCUUUGUUCAGCGGCUGUGGCAGCCGCAGACUGGCCCAAGAGCGAGGAAAGUUUGGUGAAGUUGACGGCUCACCUUCUUAACGAGUGCAGCAAGCUGCUGGAAAGGAAAACCCAGGUGACGCAGGAUCACCAUGAGCGAGCCGCGGAGCUGCGGCGGGAAGUGAUGUUGUUCGAGGCAGUGGAGUACUUGGAACUGAACGCGGCGGAAGCCACACCAACUCAGGUGUCUUCUGCUUUGCAUAUGCUUGAAGUUGCAACCGCCGUGGCUCCGGUUGGGUCCCUGGCUGCGGCGGCAGCGCACCGCUUCUUCGCGCCACUGCCGAGCUUGCGCAGGCCGAUGCUUUGGAACGCCUGCGUUAUCGCCUUGGGAGGCCCCUUCCGCAGCCUAGCCAUGAUGCCUGGCCUAGCCUUGCUUCCGAGGCUGACUGCGAAGGUUUCGCCCAAGGCUGAGACCUUCCAGCUCGAAGCAAAAAGACAGCAUAGCACAGAGAUACGCUUCAGCAUGGUUCAUGAGAAGUUCCGGCUUCUCGGUGUGUCGUCAAGCUCUGAAAUCCAGCGAUGA